AUGGCACGAGGGACUGAGCGUGGGCAAAAUCGAAGACCUUCUCAAUUUGCGGAUGGCUCUAAUGCUUGGGAGCCAGGUGAGGCAGCUGAUUGGUGGGAGAUGAAAAUUGAAAAGUUAGGGCCAAAUGAUGUACUUUUUAUAUGGAAAGAAUUUAGAAAGGUCUUCUAUGAGAAGUAUUUUUUUCAGAGUAUCCAACUUCAGAAAUUUCGAGAGUUCGAUCUACUGGUACAGGACCACAUGACAGUUGCUCAAUAUGCAGCCAAAUUUGAAGAAUUAUCGAGAUAUGCCCCUGCAUUGAUAGCUGAAGAAAAUGUUCGAGCUAGAAAAUUUGAGAAUGGAUUAAGGGAGAGAAUCCAACAGCUAGUGACUGUUUUUGAGCUGCCCACUUAUAAAGAAGUUGUAAACAAAUGCUUAAUAAUAGAAAAACGACUCAAUGAUGCUCAAGUAGCAAAAGAGAAAUGUAUGAAGAAAAGAGGUCCAGCAAUUGAUUCUCAAGGUCAAAGUAUCAGAGCCUUCAAACCAAAGACCCCAAAAUCAAACCAGACUGCCAUUGAAAGUAAAGUACAAUUUCAGGAGAGCAUUAUAUGUUAUAGAUGUGGAGGAUCCCAUCUUAAACGAGAUUGCACAUGGCUUGGGGGACAAUGUUACAAAUGUGGACGAGAUGGCCACAAAGCAGUUGUAUGCCGCAGUAGAGGAGAAUCACAGAGAUAG